UUCACAUUUUUCCAUACUCGUUGCAGAAAAACUACAUACUGGAAGAUUCAAAAUUCUAACUACGACAGUUACUACAAUGAGGAGGAAAUCGGUCCCCAGAAGGUCUCAUCUGGGAGAUAUGUUGCCUGACAGUCCUCCUGCUAAAACAAGAAGAAGAACGGUGGAAGGAAUAGAUAACCUAUUUGAUUCAUAUGCAAAUAGUACUUCAGGCUUGAUCGACCCAGAAGGAAUUGAGGCCUUAUGUUUGGAUAUAGGAGUGGACCUCACUGAUGUUAGGAUGCUAGUGCUUGCAUGGAUAAUGAACGCUGAAAAACAGGGUUAUUUCUCCCGGGAUGAGUGGCGAAGGGGUUUGAGAACUCUUCGAGUUGACACUCUUGAAAAAUUACAGGAGGCAGUUUCACAAUUGGGCGUAGAGUUUGCAGCAGGUUUUGAGGAUUUCUAUUCUUAUGCCUUUAAUUUCAACCUAACAGAGGAGUGGCAAAGAACCGUUGAUAUUGAUAGCAUUUGUAAAUUGCUGGCUCUUGUUCUUCAGCCUCGAUUCCCUGACCCUGUUGAUCUUUUAAUCCAGUAUCUAAAGAUCCAGAGUGAAUACAAGGCUAUAACCCGCGAUCAAUGGAUCAAUUUUCUUCAAUUUUUCAACGAGGUUGAUUUUCCUGGUCUUGAUAACUAUGUUACAAACGCCGCAUGGCCUGUGAUCCUCGACAAGUUUGCUGAAUGGAUGUCAAAAGGGAAGAAGUUGUAGCUCUUCGGAACUCUUGCUUUCGGAUCAAAGUAUUGAUAAUGAUAAAGAACUCGUACUACCUUUUGUUUCGGGAUUUUGCAAUGCACAGUGGAGCUUCUGACAAAUGAGUAUACUGACACUUUCUCGAACCUUCAAGUCAAAUGAACAGUUGUAAAGGUAGAGAAAUAUACACCUCUUACAAUCAAAUUUUAAAAAAGAAACAGUUUUGUAUAUUUCUCUGUUGCAUUGUUUUUCUGUUCUGGAAAUGACUUAUAAUUCGAUAAUGAUCAAUCAAAGCCAUGAAUUUCUAACA